AUGCUCGCAGCCGGCCUGCUUACUAUCGCCCUCACCGCCCUUGCUCCCUUUCCCUCCGUUCAGUCUCGUCCCACCGCUACCUCCCGCGAUAUUGAAGUCCGUGGCCAGUUUCCUCCACUGCCUCCAGGCGAGCCGCAUCUUGGCCGUCGUGCGACGGCUGCCGGGCUGCUCCCUGUCGGGGGAGACGGCGCGAGCGGCCAGAACGCGAACGGCCAGGACGGCGGCAUCGUGAUCAACGGUGUCUCUUUCCCGCCAAACACCUCCGGCACCUUCCCCGUCGGCAACUCUGGCGAGACAGUCACUCUCGAGAACGGCAAGGUCGUCUCCAUCGACGGCCCCGACGGCCACAGCUCGUUGAUUCUCCCGCCCACCCGCGGACCCCCCAACGGCCCCCCUCACCGCCUGCCCAAGAAGCGCGGGAGUGCUAAUGGGGGAAACGCUGACGGCCAGAACUCGGUCGGUCAGAACGGUGGUGUGUCAGUAGGCGGCGGGGAUGCGGAUGGCGAUGACAACGUCGCGGGCGUCGACAUUCCGCAGGGCACGAACGGGACUUUCCAGAUCGGUGGUCAUACCGUGGUCAUCGAGAACGGACACAUCGACUCUGUCGAUGGACAGCCCUUCGGAAACGGCGCCUCCAGCAGCGACGACGGCCAGGACGGUCAGAACGGUACGGCGAAGCCUGGAAAACCUGGUGUCGUCAUUGGCGGCGGCUCUGCGAACGGCGGGAGUGCUACCGCAGGCAAAGGCGGCCGUGGAGGGUCUUCCAGCGGCCACGACGGCACAGCGACUCCCGGCAAGCCCGGCACCGUCAUCGGCAGUGGUUCUGCGAACGGAGGGUCUGCUACUGCAGGGAAAGGGGGCCAUGGCGGUUCUGCGAACGGCGGGAAUGGCGGGACGGUCGUCGGUAGCGGCUCUGCCAACGGAGGGUCUGCGACCGGGGGUAACUAG